AUGCGCGUCAUCGAGUGGUGGCUAAUCGACCAACGAAUGUGCCGGUUGACAAUCGAGGAGGGCCGCAUCUUCAACAUCAGCAUCAUCAAAUUACGAAGCCCUCAACUCGGAAGUAUCGGUGACGGCAAAGACGCUCUGCGCUGGAGCUCAGGCAAGUACCCUUCUUCAGCUUCCGUUGCGUUCAGUGACUGCCUCUCAACUUCCAGAACUCGUCCCAACGAUCAUCGGAACACAUCACGACAAAUAACUGACGCAUCUAAUUCAUCUAAUGGUCUGCGGCUGUACUACCAGAACGUGCGUGGUUUGAAAUCCAAAAUCACUGAAUGCUUCGUUGCUUCAUCAGAGCUCGGUUUCGAAAUCUACUCAUUCACCGAAACUUGGCUCGAUUCAUCCGUACCGUCAAGUCAGCUAUUCAGUUCUGACUAUAACGUAUUUCGUUGUGACAGAAGUAGUGCCAAUAGUCGUCGUAGUAGAGGUGGUGGGGUCCUCAUAGCGGUUUCAAGCACGCUUAGCUCAUCAAUCGUAGCUUUUAAUAUUAAUAGCAUAGAAAGUUUGUGGGUGAGAGUGUCAAAUGAUCACGGCUCAUUUUUGAUCGGAACAGCUUAUGUACCGCCGGAAAAAAGUUACGAUUGUACAAUUAUCGAUUUGCAUGUUGAUGCAUUAUCAGAUGCUAGACUACAACACCCUGAAUGUAAUGUAAUUCUUCUUGGUGACUUUAACCAAUCGCAAUUGUUCUGGAUUCCGGGUCAGAGCAACAACAUGGUGUUGGAAUCUUCUUCCAUGAUAAAUUCUGCUAGUGCUACACUAUUGGAUGGAACGACAUUGAAUGGAGUUAGUCAACGAAACGGGAUACGAAACUCUCAAAACCGAACGCUGGAUUUGGUUUUCUCAGAUGAUUCUAUUUCGAUCAGUCCCAUUAUCGAAGCCAGUGAUUUCAUUGUGCCGAUAGACGUGUAUCACCCUCCUUUGGAAUUUGAAAUUUUCUUCCCGAAUCCUAUCACUUUUGUUGAAGAUUUCGAUGUAUCAGCCCGUGAUUUUAAUCGGGCGGAUUUUGAUACUAUGAACCGUGUUCUAUCUGAAGCUGACUGGUCUGAAAUCCAAAGUUGUACUGACGUUGAUGUAGCUGUUUGUAUAUUUAAAGCAAUCCUGGAUGACGCCUUUGAUAAAUCCGUACCCCUGGUGCGGCCUCCUCUUCGACCUCCUUGGACUAAUGCUCACUUGAAGCGGUUGAAACAGACACGAUCGAAAUUGCUACGGAAGUUUAGUAACUCCAGGUGCCCAUUCGUGAAAAUCAAAUUGAACGCGGCUACUAAAUGUUACCGGAUAUACAACCGACUUUGCUAUCGUCGUUAUGUGCAUCGUACUCAGACUGAACUUCGUCGCAAUCCAAAAAAGUUCUGGAAAUUUGUAAACUCCAAACGAAAAGAGUCUGGGCUCCCAGCUGUACUCCAACUAAAUGAUCGUAUUGCCAUGUCAGCUGACGAAAAAUGCGACCUUUUUGCGACGCACUUCGCCAGUGUUUUUUCAGUCGAAUCGCCAACCGCUAGUCAAUUGAAUGCCGCAGUAACACGAUUACCCAUCGAUGUGCUGGAUCUGGAUGUUUUUGCUGUAAGCGAGGAAAUGGUGUUAGAGGCAAUAAUUAAUCUGAAAAACUCCACGACAGCCGGACAGGAUGGCAUACCGGCGUGCGUACUGAAAAAGUGUUGCUCAUUACUGGUGAAACCUCUGACAAGCAUUUUCACCCAGUCUCUAGAACAGCAAAAAUUUCCCACCAUCUGGAAAAAAUCGUUAAUGAGCCCAGUGUACAAAAAAGGUGACAAAAAAGAUGUUCUUAACUACCGUGGUGUCACAUCGCUAGCUGCCUGCUCGAAAACCCCCAAAGUAUUGCAUAAUCUGCUGUGA